CCGGCGCAGGCGCGGUGACUCCGGCUGCCAGAAACCGCGUACCCGCCUCAGCCAGGGGGGCUCGCCGGAGCCCCUUAGCCCGCCGGGAUCUCGCGGCGACGCGUCGGAGCGAUGCCCCGCUAUUGCGCUGCGAUUUGCUGUAAGAACCGCCGGGGGCGAAACAAUAAAGACCGGAAGCUGAGCUUUUACCCGUUUCCUCUACAUGACAAAGAAAGACUUGAAAAAUGGCUAAAGAACAUGAAACGAGAUUCAUGGGUUCCCAGUAAAUACCAGUUCCUGUGUAGUGACCAUUUUACUCCUGAUUCUCUUGACAUCAGAUGGGGUAUUCGAUAUUUGAAACAAACUGCAAUUCCAACAAUAUUUUCUUUACCUGAAGACAAUCAGGAAAAAGACCCUUCCAAAAAAAAAUCUCCAAGGAAAAAAUUAGAAGAAGAAAAACAAGUUUGCCUAAAAGCCAAGUCAGAAGAAGUAUAUGUAUCAAAUGAGCCAAAGAAAAAUACAGUUAUCACAGAUGCCCUUCCUGAACAUGCAGAAUUACUUAAUUCAUCUUUCUUGGUGAAGUCAUCAGCUCCAGAAACAAUAAGUAUACAAAAUAAUAUUUUAAGUUUUAAUCCACUUAAGCAUGAUUCCAGAAAGCCAGAAUCAACCUUGGCAACAUCAGUUAAUCAAAACAUAUGUAAAGGUGGUUUUCACAGAUCGCUUGAGAUUCCAAAAUCUACAGCUAUUACUUUGACAACUUCAAAUGAAGAAGGUAUUCACCAGUCUUUGGAAAACCAAGAAGUGCUUGAAAUAGCUAGCAAUCAUCUUGCUAAUCCAAACUUUAUAAAUAAUUCAACAGAAAUUAAGUCAGUGCAGGAAAACCCAUACUUACUCAGCACAAUUGCUCAAAAAGUUGAAGAAAUAAACACAAAUAAAGAAUCUGUUAUUGCCAUUUUUGUACCCACAGAGAAUCCCAAACCUACAGUUAAUUCUUUCCUACCUGCUCAAAAAGAAACUGUGGAAAUAGAAGACACAGACAAUGAAGACUCCUUAUAUAAGGAUGUAGACUACGAGACUGAAGUUUUACAAAUUGAACACUCGUACUGCAGACAAGACAUAAAUAAGGAACAUCUUUGGCAGAAAGUCUCUAAACUACAUUCAAAGAUAACUCUUCUUGAGCUACAAGAGCAACAAACUCUAGGAAGGCUGAAGUCUUUAGAAGCAUUAAUAAGACAGCUAAAACAGGAAAAUUGGCUAUCUGAAGAAAAUGUCAAGAUUGUAGAAAAUCACUUCACAACAUACGAAGUUACUAUGAUCUAACAAAAUUUUAAAGCUGUGACUAUAUAAGCAUUUGUAGUAAAACCAAAUAUGUAUAAAGUGAACUUUCUCUUGUAUAAAGUGUUAAUCUUAGUGAAACUAAGAUGCUCUAAUACAUCCUGUUCUUAAAGUGUUUAUUUCUUUGAAAAAAGUAGUUGUUGAGCAAUAGAGAGAACAUGUCAUUACUUCAUAAUUUUGCAAAUUAAAGUUAAAACAUAACAAACAGUAGGAUUAGUCAUAAAAUGGAGAACAGGUAAAAAAAAGCCCAGAAAAGUAAAAGGCCCCAGGAAUCAGACCUGUUUCUACCUUUGGCAGAUGACUUGCGCAGAUUAUCAAGAUUGAAACUCAGCCUCUAUAAAAUUAGGACAGUUUACUCUAUCUCUAAUGUAUUUUUUUAACAGUUCUUUCUUUUUCUAGUAAGAUACUUUUAAUAGAACUUUCCUGUAAGGUAACCUGCACUUAUAUAAAAUCGGAUGUGAACUUGAUUUUUAUACAAUUAACUAUUGGAUCGUCUUCAAUAUUUAUUGAAUUCUAUGUUGUUUGACUUGGCUAUAGUUACCUAUAAUUUAAAGUAAAAUACUCCUUUUAUAAUUCCAGCUGAACUAAAAUAACCACCUAUUAACUCAGUUAUUAGCAAAGGUACUCUAAACGUGAAAGAACGUAUAUUUCAAUACUUUAUUUGUGACUAACCACCAUAGUCAUUUAAGCCUCUGAUUAUCCUGUAUUUAAGGUUAUAUUUAUAAAUCA